CCUAAAACUAACUACUGAUGAGGAACGUUCUGAGUGUCAACCAAGCUAAAGCUAUUCAUUCUCAAUCAGUUUUCUCCUACUGGAAUCUUCUCCUUUGCAUAGUAUCAAUAAAGGUCCUUCUUGAGGCUUGAGAAUAGAUGAUGGUGCUAUUAUGAUACCAACACUAUUUCACCACCUUAGCGUAAAAUAAACCAUCUUUCCUAUUUUCUACCUAUAAUUAGGCACUCACCUUAUUUCUACCCUAUAUCAUUUCUUUAUAUCUAAACAUUAUGUUUUCAGAGCUUUUCCUGAGUAGUGCAGUUGUGGCCUAGUCAAUAUAUUACGAUAUUGCCCCUUGCAUUGAGUACGUGUAAAAUAGACAGACCCCAAUUGUGUAAAACAUAGACUCUGUUAUAAUAAUAGGUAUAUUGGCACUGAAAGGAUUGAAUUGGAGAUCUGAAUAUGUGACGAUCUCCUCUCAUGUACUUGCAAGUAGUCAAUCAACAAGGGUUUAUGAGCACAACAUAAACCGAUUAUAUAGAUCUACAAUGUUCUCAAUUUGUUUCCUGGUGGUUUGGAAUAAAAUCGAAAAAUUAUCAUCUUAGAAUCCAAUGUCAUACAAUAAGCUUAUCAUAUGCUAUAUUUCUUACUUUCCAGAGAUCCAGGGUUUUCAUAAAAUAUCUAAUCAUUUAUUACCUGUUGGUACACACCGUUGCUUGCUAAAUUGUUGGAUGUAUUAGUAUCUCAGAACAACUUUCAAGACAAAAUUCACCAUUAUGAAGAGAUUAUAGCUGCUGCAAAUGAAGUUAUUGAAAGCAUUGAUGCAGAAGAGUUGGCAAGAUAUCUAAUGGUGCAGAAAAAACAAAGAAGAAAAUGGAAACGAACCGCGACCAAUUAGCAGAGGCCUUGUAUCAGAAAGGCUUGGCUUUAGCAGAGAUUGAAUCAGCAAAGGGUGAGAAAGUUGUGGAGACGGAGAAUGAUGCUAAAGCUGCAACAGACUCCAGCAGUAAGUUGGAUCUGUUUGAGGAGAAUUUCAAAGAACUCCAAAAAUGGGUACAUGUGAAAUCCACUCGAUACGGAACCCUUUAUAUCAUACGUGAGAGACGUAAACUAAAGGUUCUAAGUGACAUGAUCCAAGAGGAUGGCCAGCCUCCUAAGAAGAAGUUUUAUGACCUGAAGCUUUCGCUGUUGGAACAAAUCGGAUGGGACCAUCUGGUGUCGUACGAGAAGCAAUGGAUGAACGUUCUAUUCCCUGCGAGUCUACCUCUUUUCUGAGGUUUAAGCUCUUCUACUGAGCUACAAGUGCUUUCCAAGAUUGCUUAUGAGUUCUGCCUAAUUAAUAAAUUCCCUUGAGAGUGGAAGUGAAAUAAAAAAACCAGUCUCCGAACUAGUUAGCUAGUUAAAUCCUAAACCGAGUCCUUUCAAGAUGUAUGUUUUAU